AUAUUUCCCUGUAACGCCCGCCCGCAAGAGCAGCUCUGCUGCGAGACGGGCUGUUACUGCCCCUGGCGCGCCGAGGUUCCAGGGCUGCUUGGCUGACUGCCAGCCCUGCAGCCUCCCUCGGGGGUCUGAGAACCAAGCCGGGCUCUUUCCUGCCUUUUCAUCUUCCCCAGUCAUCCAGAUCCUGCAGCUCCUGGCUUGCUGACAGCUGAGUAGCCCCACUGUUGUGGCGGGUUUUGCUCAGUUCUAGGUGUUCAAAGAUGGCGGAAAGACCAGAGGACUUGAACUUGCCCAAUGCUGUCAUCACUCGGAUAAUUAAAGAAGCACUUCCUGAUGGAGUAAACAUUUCCAAAGAAGCUCGGAGUGCAAUAUCUCGAGCUGCAAGUGUGUUUGUGUUGUAUGCAACAUCAUGUGCAAAUAACUUUGCAGUGAAAGGAAAGAGGAAAACACUGAAUGCUGGAGAUGUCCUCUCAGCCAUGGAGGAAAUGGAGUUCCAGAGAUUCAUAGCCCCUUUAAAGGAAUCAUUGGAAGUUUACAGGCGUGAGCAAAAAGGCAAGAAAGAAGCAAGGAAAGACAAAGAUAAGAAGGCAGACUCUGAAGAACAAGACAAGAGCAGGGAGGAGGAGAAUGAUGAUGAUGAUGAACGGAUGGAGGAGGAGGAACAAAAUGAUGAUGAAGAAGUGGAUAACUGAGCUUCCUGGAGAGACAGACAUGCACAUGGGCCUGGGCUCUCUUCCUAGGGAUAUAAAUACUGUAAAUCAACCUUCUUGUGUCCUCUUGUUUUCCAGUUUCCAGCAAAGCUUCAUGUUGUUCCUCUGGGGCCCAUCCCUCCUGGCUUUAAUUCUCAGAUGUAGGCGGGCACCCUGAGGAGACUGACACAGCUUCUGGAGUGGAAAGGCCACGUCUUCCCCAUUGCAUGGGGCACUUGGCACACACUCUCCAGAUUCUGAAAAGCCAUUGAUUGAUAUAAAUGACUGGUCUUUAAUACUGGAUUUGUUCUGCGAUGCAAAAUGGAAUUUCAGAGAUUCCAACAGAGAAAGCUGUGCAGGAGAAUCUGCAGAAAAGUGUUGAAUAAGUUUGUUUUUGCUAACUAGGUCUGAGUUUGAAUGUAAUAGGCCUUAGGCCUGUUGCAUUUAGGUUGUAUGGAAUAUGUUAGAGAGGUGCCAUAAUGGUUUAGAAUGCUGCGCAGAUGAGGGUUUCGUAUAAGGUGGGGAUUGAGGUUGUCUUAGCUGGAUCCUUUCAUUCUGAUUGUGCCUUCUCUUUCGAAAGUGACUGACAGUCCCAGUAGACAAGGAUCAGCUCUCCACAGGACUGACUCUUCUGCCCAGGAUCAGUCAGAGUCAAAGGACUGUACUGUGCUUCUGUAACAUAACUUAAUACCAGAAGUGCUUAUUUUUGUUUUUAAAAAAUACUGAGAGCCUGACAGGGUUUUUAUAAAAAUACCUGAAAGAAAAGUAACUGCUAAGAAAGCUCAACUCUGUCCCAAGUGUGAUGCUGGGGGAAGGUUUGGAAGUUUAAAGGAAGUGUCAUCCCAAUCUAAUUGUUUUUCCUACUUGUAGUAGUUUUGGUCUUUCUGUACUUGAGGUCUUGCUGCUGAACACCUUCCCCUUUUACACGUGGAGAAGGUACUUCCUGUGAGGAGCUCAUCCUUCAAUAAUAACCCAGUUCUGUGUAGUCUUUAAAGAAAAACUUAACUUUUAUUUGACCUAAACUAAAAUCUGACAAAGGAAAGUUGGAAAAAUUUGAAAUAAGUUAAAAAUUGUUAAAAAUUCACCAGUUCUGAUAUACCAGUUAAAACAUGAGUGAGUGCUUGUAUGAAACAGCACAACUUUGUUUUUCACUUCUGCUGGAGCAACACACACAGAGCAAACAUUGCAGAAGUUCUGUUGCUCUCACAUUGCUACAGCUGUGAUAACUCCUACAUGCAGAUCCCAGAUGGAGGAAGUCACUAUCUGACAAUCAGCAAAGAUCUGUUCUUCAGCUGCUGCAGGACUCCACAUUUAAAACAACUGAAGUUGUGACUGUCUCUGUAAAGGUGUUCAGUUAGACAAGGAGAUCAUCCUCGCAGCUCUGGUUUUCUCUUGUAAUACAUACGUGAGCUCCAUCUCCUCUUGGGAAGGAACAGUAUUUUAUUUAAAUAAAAGCCAAGUUCUCUAUGGAAA